AGAUACCGGAAGUAAGCGAUGCAAAUCCACCAAUAACUAGCGCCAGUAGUCGUGUAGUUCGCUGGGUAACUGUUAACGACAACAAAGAUCCAUUUUCGCCUGGAAAGUUUCAAGAUGGGCACUACGGCAAGUCAACUCGGGAAGGAUUUGCUCUCAGAAUACCAAGAGCUGACAUUCUUGACAAAACAAGAAAUUCUUCUUGCUCAUAAGAGAUUCACUGAACUGCUCACAACAGACGAGAAAGACCUUCCAAAUGCCAGAGUACCAAUGGAGAGGAUCCUCACUCUCCCAGAGCUCAAGUCCAACCCUUUCAGGAAAAGAAUCUGUUAUGUAUUCUCAACGUCUGAACAUAAAGACGGAAGCCUCACAUUUGAAGACUUUCUGGACCUCUUGAGUGCCUUCAGCGACUCUGCUACUCUGGAAAUCAAAUCCCACUAUGCAUUCCGCAUAUUUGACUUCGAUGAUGAUGGAACACUUGAUUGUGGUGAUCUGGAGAAUCUGGUGAACUGCCUGACUGGCGAGACAGACGACACCCGACUGACGCAUGAUGAAAUGAGACAGCUCAUCAGCAAUAUUCUUGAAGAGUCAGACAUUGACAAAGAUGGAACAGUGAACCUCUCAGAGUUUCAGCAUGUCAUUUCAAGAUCGCCAGAUUUUGUCAGUUCUUUCAAGAUUGUGCUGUGAAGACUUCGAGUGGGACUCUUAUGGUAUUUAAUUAUCAUUCAGAACAAUUUUAGACAUUUGCUUUAAAUUAUAUUUACCUACGGAUUUUACUGCCUUAACUGUUUUAUUUGUCUUUUGUGAAAUGUAAAACCUGUGAUUUUUUUUUUUAAUUUCUAUACAGAAAAUUAAAAAUUAUUUCCAAAAACUAUACAUUACAAAGUUUGUCUUUUUAUACAAAUAUAUGAGAAGAACUUAUAUGUGAAUAUAUUAAAAAAAUACAUUUAAUUCCAA